UACCUGGGCUUCUUUCAUUAUACGGUUUAUAUCUAGUCCCUCAUCCUCUCGUCAAUCUUCCAUCCUCAUUCCUUCUUCAAUGAACCGGUUUGGAACUCGUCUUCGUGGCUUCUGGUAAUUCUCUGGCUGACCAACGAGUCGCUCUUCGAUCCGCUGGGAAUCCCGGUCUUCCCUGCGCACCCAUUGCUCUCAAGGUCAUCAGCUUCACGGCAAAUAAAGCCGAGAUAGAAGUGAUAGUUCUGGCAAAAGUUCAGCUCCUCGUGACCAACAGGGAUUCACUCGAGACUUUUGCUGCGUGUCAUCGGGCUUACGUCUCUGGCUUUCCACGGUCGCGCGACAGAGCGAGAAAAAGCAGAGAGGAAAAAGGGACGGGCGACGAGUCAUGAGAAAACCUGAGAGGCGACGAACGCCUCUGGAAUCGUUCGAAAUCCCCCGCAGUUCACCAGUGACGUCGUCGAGCCGAUGGUCCACGUCUCGGGAACCCAAAGGCGUCAUCCAAUGGCCGUACAUACGAGGCUGGUGGGGCUCAGCUUUCGUCUGCACGCGUCUAUAAAGCCUCGCUAAUUGUCCACGCGGCGAGCAGUCGAUGCGUGGCCCGCUUUUAAACGACGAUGUAGCCGCGGCUACAUCGACAAAUCGAGGGAUCUCGCGUGCACUCAACAUCACUGUCACUGUCACGAUCGAGAUCGAGCACGUGCACCUGGAGAAGAACACAGUGUGACGAGAGCCGUUGCGAUUGCCGUCAGUCAUCUUCCCUUUUUUCUCCUUUGGAAGAAAAAAACAAAACGCCGCGAGAUCUCGUCCGAAGUCGAAGAGCGAUCCUUUCGAAGUUGGUGCAAAGUGAGAGAAGCUAGGUCUUCUUUUGUUUCUUUUUCUUUUUUUUGUUGUGACAGACUCGAAAAGUUGCUGCGAACACCGUGUCGAGAUCUGUGAUACCGUGUGUCAAGUAAAGUUCCUCUUGAACAGGUAGAGAAAAAGAGAUCGAGAUAAUGACAGUCAUGGUGGAGUCGGUGAAAGCCGAGGAGGGCGAACGUUCGAAGAUCGAGACGUUCGACGACAUCCUGCCGUACAUCGGCGAGGCUGGCCGCUACCAAUGGUUCCUUUUCGUCGUGUUGCUGCCCUUCACCUUCGUCUACGCGUUCCUCUACUUCACGCAGUUCUUCAUCACGCUAUUGCCAGCUGAGCACUGGUGCACCGUGCCGGAGCUGAACAACUGGACCCUCACGGACGAACAGAAGAUCGCGUUAUCGAUACCACCAGCGUCUGCGGAGGAACUGAAACUAGAAGGUGCGACUUCGUUCUCGCGAUGUAACAUGUACAAUGUAAACUACACCGACAUGUUGAACAAAGGUGUUACAACAGCGGAUCCAUCGUGGCCAAUACAACCGUGCCAAUAUGGAUGGACUUUCAAUCACACGAUGAUACCAUACAGAUCCAUUGCUGUCGAGCUGGAGUGGGUCUGCGAUCACGCAUUCCUCGGCUCGGCGGCACAAUCGGCCUUCUUCGUCGGCAGCAUUCUUGGAGGCUUAAUAUUCGGCUACAUAGCCGACCAUUAUGGCAGAAUUCCAGCGUUGAUCGCGUGCAACGCGGUGGGCUUCGUCGCGUCCAUUGGCACCGCGUUCUGCAACAGUUUCUGGAGCUUUUGCCUGGCGAGAUUAGUGGUCGGUUCCUCGUUCGAUAACUGCUUCAACGUGCUUUUCAUCAUCGUGAUCGAAUAUGUCGGCCCGAAAUACCGAACAUUGGUAGCGAACAUGUCGUUUGGACUUUAUUUCGCGGCAGCCGCGAGCCUUUUGCCUUGGAUCGCAUAUUGGAUCUCAAACUGGAGGAUCCUGAGCAUGGUUACCGCGUGUCCUAUGGUGGUCGCGUUCAUAACACCAUGGAUCGUUCCCGAAAGUGCACGUUGGUACAUAACUAGUGGCAAGAUCGACAAGGCGAUUGAAAUGCUGAAGAAAUUCGCUAAAGUAAAUGGUAAAGAGGUGAGGCAGGAAAUAUUCGAUGAAUUUGAGAAAAGUUGCAAGUCGUUGACGGAGAAGGAUCAUCUGCACAAUCAGUACACUGUGCUUCAUCUCUUCAAGCUGCCACGCCUCGCUCGCAUCACUAUCAUGCUCAUCGUUUACUGGUUAAUGAUGGUGUGGGUGUUCGACGGCCACGUUUGGAACAUGAAACUUCUGGACCCUGACAUUUUCAUGUCGUUCUCCUUAGCAUCCCUUACGGAACUUCCGGCGGCCAUAUUGCUCGCCCUCUUCCUCGACAGAUGGGGCAGGCGAUGGAUGGGUUUCGCAUCGAUGUUGCUCUGCGCCGUUUUCUCCUUUGUUGCCAUCUCCACUCCCGCUGGUCCGACAACAGUCGCCAUGGCGAUUAUAGCGCGUCUUGGAGUGAAUAUCGCCGCGAAUAUCGGUUUCCAAUAUGCAGCGGAAAUGCUGCCGACUGUGGUGCGAGCUCAGGGUGUGUCUUUGAUUCAUAUCAUCGGCUACGUUGCUCAUAUUUUGGGACCGUAUAUUAUCUAUCUGGCGGAUGUUGAUCCAGCUUUACCCCUUAUUACUCUCGGCUUGCUGUCUUUUGUACACGCUUUUCUGACGCUUGGUUUACCGGAAACUCUGGACCAAGAACUGCCGGAAACCUUGCAAGAAGGUAACGACUUUGGCAAGGAACAAAGUUUCUGGUGGAUCCCGUGCAUAUCCUCGAGCAAAAUGUUGAAGAAAUCUUACAGAAAGAAGAAAGGCCUGUCGAACCCAGCCUUCGCCGGCAGUGUUCAAAAGAUCGACUGCACUAGAUUAUAGCGACUGAUCUGGUCGUGUGGAACUUGCCAAAUCCUUUGUAAAUAUAGUUGUUAAAUGUACGAGUGUGAUGCUAGAUGUUAAGAUAUUUGCGAACGUGUUGAGAACUGUUGAAAGAGAUUAGGAAAAUAUUAGGAAAAUAUUUCAUCGACAAAGUAUCUUCAUUUUAAACACUAAUCUUAUUCGAACUGUAUCUUUUAAAUUGAUCACGAUGAUUUAAAGAUACAUUACAAGAGGCUUUUGUUAUUACUUAUUUAACAUUGUUCAAAUAAUAUUACAAGUCGUAAGUAAAAAAUUUCGCGUAGAAUCAUUAAAGUGUGAAAAAGAUUCAGAUUUCAGAUUGCGGGAAUUAGACAUAAAUAUUUAAGAAAGAUACGUCUUCCUUCGAUUUUAAAAAUUAAUAAAGAGAAAUCUAUAUUUUUUCUUUUUUUUUUUUUUU